CCCACGUGACCAGUCGAUCUGGUCACGUGACCUGCUCGAUCUCGCGCGCGCCUCGGGCGGGGCUGGGGGGGAGGGGGCGCCGGGUGUCUGGAGGGGCAGUAGGCAGAAGCAGCGGCCGAAGAUGGCGGGGUGCAGGGGCGCCCUGUGCUGCUGUUGCCGCUGGUGCUGCUGCUGCGGAGAGCGAGAGAGCCGCACCCCAGAGGAGUUGACUAUCCUUGGAGAAACACAAGAAGAAGAUGAUGAGAUCCUUCCCCGAAAGGACUAUGAGAGUUUGGACUAUGAUCGUUGUAUCAAUGACCCCUACCUGGAAGUGCUGGAAAGCAUGGAUAAUAAGAAGGGUCGAAGGUACGAGGUGGUGAAAUGGAUUAUGGUGUUUGCUAUUGGAGUCUCCACUGGCUUGGUGGGUCUCUUUGUGGAUUUCUUUGUCCGCCUCUUCACCCAGCUCAAGUUCCGAGUUGUAGAGACUUCUGUCGAAGAAUGCAGUGAGAAAGGAUGCCUCGCCCUCUCCCUCCUUGAGCUUCUUGGUUUUAACUUGACAUUUGUUUUCUUAGCCAGUCUGCUUGUCCUGAUUGAGCCAGUGGCAGCUGGUUCUGGGAUUCCAGAGAUCAAAUGCUACUUGAAUGGUGUUAAAGUGCCUGGCAUCGUCCGUCUCCGAACCCUGGCAUGCAAGGUUUUGGGAGUGCUUUUCAGUGUGGCUGGAGGGCUCUUUGUAGGGAAGGAAGGUCCUAUGAUCCACAGUGGUGCAGUUGUGGGUGCUGGACUCCCUCAAUUUCAGAGCAUCUCUUUGCGGAAAAUCCAGUUUAACUUCCCCUAUUUUCGAAGUGACAGAGACAAACGAGACUUUGUAUCAGCAGGUGCAGCUGCAGGAGUUGCUGCAGCUUUUGGGGCCCCCAUUGGGGGCACGCUCUUCAGCUUGGAAGAGGGGUCAUCCUUCUGGAACCAGGGACUCACUUGGAAAGUGCUCUUUUGUUCCAUGUCGGCCACAUUCACCUUGAACUUCUUUCGCUCUGGAAUCCAGUUUGGAAGUUGGGGUUCUUUCCAGCUCCCUGGCUUGCUGAAUUUUGGGGAGUUUAAGUGUUCUGAUUCUGAUAAAAAAUGUCACCUCUGGACAGCUGUGGAUUUGGGUUUCUUCAUCGUGAUGGGGGUGAUUGGGGGCCUUCUUGGAGCCACAUUCAACUGUCUGAACAAGAGGCUUGCCAAGUACCGGAUGCGAAACGUGCACCCAAAACCUAAGCUUGUCAGAGUCUUGGAAAGUCUGUUGGUGUCCCUGAUGACCACAGUUGUGGUAUUUGUUGCUUCCAUGGUUUUGGGAGAGUGCCGGCAGAUAUCUUCUGCAAGUCAGAGUGGUAAUGACUCAUUCCAGGCACAGGUGACUUCAGAAGAUGUGAAUUCAAGCAUCAAAACUUUUUUUUGCCCCAAUGAGACCUAUAAUGACAUGGCAACACUGUUCUUCAAUCCCCAAGAAUCUGCCAUCCUGCAGCUCUUUCACCAAGAUGGUACUUUCAGCCCCAUCACACUGGCCUUAUUCUUUGUCCUCUAUUUCUUACUCUCAUGUUGGACUUAUGGCAUGUCUGUUCCAAGUGGCCUCUUUGUGCCCUCUCUGCUUUGUGGAGCUGCUUUUGGACGCUUAGUUGCCAACAUUCUGAAAAGCUAUAUUGGAUUGGGCCACAUCUAUUCAGGGACCUUUGCCUUGAUUGGUGCUGCAGCUUUCUUGGGUGGUGUAGUCCGUAUGACCAUCAGUCUUACAGUCAUCUUGAUAGAAUCCACCAAUGAGAUCACUUAUGGACUUCCCAUCAUGAUCACCUUGAUGGUAGCCAAGUGGACUGGGGACUUUUUCAACAAAGGCAUUUACGAUAUCCAUGUGGGGCUGCGAGGGGUGCCUCUUCUCGAGUGGGAGACAGAAGUGGAAAUGGACAAGCUGAGAGCUAGUGACAUCAUGGAGCCCAACCUGACCUAUGUCUACCCACAUACUCGCAUCCAAUCUCUGGUCAGCAUCCUGAGAACCACAGUCCACCACGCAUUCCCUGUGGUGACGGAGAAUCGGGGCAAUGAGAAGGAGUUCAUGAAAGGAAACCAGUUGAUCAGUAACAACAUAAAAUUCAAGAAAUCUAGCAUUCUCACCCGGGCUGGUGAGCAGCGCAAAAGGAGCCAGUCCAUGAAAUCCUACCCAUCAAGUGAGCUUCGUAACAUGUGUGAUGAGCACAUAGCUACAGAGGAGCCAGCAGAGAAGGAGGACCUCCUGCAGCAGAUGCUAGAGAGAAGAUACACACCCUACCCCAACCUUUACCCUGACCAGUCCCCCAGUGAAGACUGGACCAUGGAAGAACGCUUCCGCCCUUUGACCUUUCAUGGCCUGAUUCUUCGAUCACAGCUUGUCACGUUGCUGGUCCGAGGAGUUUGUUAUUCUGAAAGUCAGUCGAGCGCCAGCCAGCCUAGGCUCUCCUAUGCUGAGAUGGCUGAGGAUUAUCCCCGCUACCCCGACAUCCACGACCUGGAUUUGACCCUACUGAACCCUCGGAUGAUUGUGGAUGUCACUCCUUACAUGAACCCAUCACCAUUUACAGUCUCACCCAAUACUCACGUCUCACAAGUCUUCAAUCUAUUUAGAACGAUGGGCCUCCGACAUCUGCCGGUGGUGAAUGCAGUGGGGGAGAUUGUUGGGAUUAUUACCCGGCACAACCUAACCUAUGAAUUUCUCCAUGGAAGACUAAGGCAGCACUACCAGACCAUCUGACCCCCACUAGCUUAGUCUCCAAAUACAAGGCAGCCCUUCCUCUUCCAGAGAGAGCCAUAGGGUUUCUCGUUUACUUUCUGCCCUGGACCUCAGUUCUCCCAGGUCAUGGAGGAUUCACCAGUUGGUUUUAGCCACUUGCACGCAAAGCUGGAAUUGUCAAACAUUUGGCUGGUCAGAACUGUGAAGGGUUCAAGGUAACCACAGAGAUGCUGCCUAGCAGAGAUUUGGAUCUCUCUGACUUCCCCUGGCAGGUAUCUUCUCUUGUCCCUCUUUCUCUCCUCCUUGCCAUCAGAUGUUUGCACAUGCUCCUGGCACAUCCUUCAGCUAUUCCCGGGGACCAGAAGUUGAGCCAUGCCCUACUACCCACUGGGGGAUAAAGCUCAGAGCAUUUUAUCCUGUGUCCUCCUCAUUGCUGCUUUCUGUCUGCAGCUGAUGCCUUGGUCCAGGAAAGGGGAUUUCGGCUUUGGCAGAUACUGUUGUGCUGCCAGUUAUAAAAUUAUAUGAAUUACUAAUUUGAGGAAGUGGGAACCUGACAGAAAUUCCUUCUCAAUAUGUAACUCUUAACUUUGUCAUCUCUUAUAUUUUAAAGACUCCUUUCUUGCUUUAUUGGGGUCAGCAAGUCUUCUGAUGGUGACCUCUGGGUUUGUGUUUGUUGCUAGCACAUUCCAGAAGCACAGUGCAUUAGAACGUAGUACUGGUGUUGGAAGAGCUAAUCUCAAAGUGAGAACCACAGGAGAGGUUCAGCUUAGGGGCUGAGCUUCUCCCUGCGCAUCCAUCUCACAGUUCCCCUCCAUCCUCCAGGUUUCUGGUUGCCUUUGGCCUCUUAUGAUAUAGUCUUGCCCUGCCUGUGUUUGAAGCUAGUAGAUGGUGUGCUCUCUGAUCCUUUUUCUUCUCCAAAGAUAACUAAGCAAAAGCAUCUUUAGCUCCAUCAGAUUUCUUGGUGAAGCAGCCCAAAGGAAUUUAGCAUCACCCAAAGUUCCCUAAGAGCAGGGCACCCUUGGGGCAGAUCGUCUCACUUCAGGUUGAAAUUGUCAGAUCUUUGCAUGAUGGUAGAAACUAAGGUAAGAGAAAUGAGAGGUGAGGCCCUACCUUGUUGACACUGCCCUCCACAAUCUGGGCUGGGCGCAGUGGUUUGGAACGUGCCCCAGCAGCUAGUAUUGUCCCUCAGCCAUGCUCAUAUGGGCUCUGUGGCCCUCAUGUUGCCCCCUGAGUUUCUUCAUCAGGCAGCACAGAGAUAGAAGUUACCCAAACUUUUCUCCCUCUCCAAUAGCUCAUAGAUUUUAGCUUCCUUCUGCUUUGGGUUAAAAGCAUUCUACACCAGCCACAUUACCUCCUUUGGUGGCUGGUACUUCUUUCAGAAAUAAUCUGCUCCUUAUUUUAAGUUCUGUUAGAGUAGCUCCCUCUCUGACCGAUGAAAUCAGGCAUUCCCUUCUGCUGCUGUUUGUCAGUCAUCUCAUUCCCAUCUUGUUGGGACUCACCUCAUGUUUACAUCCUCUCUGACCCCAGAUACUCUGAACAGCAUCCUCUGAAGCCUUGCUUCAGGCCCAGUCCUCUACCAUCACUGCUUUGAAGUCUAGGAGUGGGUUGUGGGAUCACCCUGGGCUUGUAGAGUGCAUUUCUUCCAAUCGGCACAUUUGAAAGUAAAUUUCCCCCAAAGAACAAGGUCUCUUGGGAAUCUUCUUUCCCUGACUUGGAUCCACUCUGCCCCAGGGUCUUUGUCUCUUUGACCAAAAUUACUGUAACUUAUUUCUAAAUUACUCAGUUUCCCUGGAUGCAAUUGACUUACCAAUGGGAGGAGAAAUCCCCCAUCAUCCAGGAAAUUUCCAGGACCAAAAGACUAGAUCCCUUUAAGUUGUAUGGCUCUGAUCUGUGGCCACCACCACUUUAGCCUGUGAAAAAGUCCAGAUGCCAUAGUAACAUACUAGUCUUCAUUUUUUAAAAAUAGUUUUCUUUUUUAAAAAAUCUCAUUAAGAAUUACCAAGAGCUUUGGAAACCUAUUGCACUACAAAGACUGCACGAACCAAGAGAAUUACACUUUAGGAGUUUAUGCCCUUCCAUUCUUCCUUCCCACCUACCUCUCACAACUCAAGUGAUAGGUUCUUCUUUAAGUCUGUCUUCUCGUCUGGACAGCAGAUCCAUACAUACAGCCUUGCCUUGAGGCCACUCCAAUUCAGCUAUACUGGAAUUUCUUAUCCCAGUGCACAGAUUGUCAGAUUAUGAGAUUAUACACCACCAGGAGAGGUUUUUCUGUAGUCACUGUGACCUAGAAACAGAUGAUGGUGGAGACUGGGCUGACCAAGACUGGAGCGGCCAUCUGGAUCAUUCUUCAUGGAAGACAGCAGACGUCGAGUGGCCCAGGGUUCUCUGGGCCCUGCAUUCCUUUUCCUGACUUUGUGUUUUUGUAUCAUCCCCUUUUUGAAAGCCUAAAAGGCAAUAAUAUCUUCUCCACCUACAAAAGAGGGAAAAUGAAUCUCAUUGCUUCGGGUCCUUGUCAGGCAUUUGUUCUGUGGAAGAAACCAGCAUUUUACAACUUGGACCCAACCUUGGGGAUGAGGAACGUAUGUGCCCUCCGGGCACUGCAGGCUAGGUGGACUGGCCCCUUAACCCAAGCCCUACUGUGUAAGAGGAUUUUUCUUUUGGCUUUUAUCCCCAACGUGGCAUUCUGUGUCCCUACAUUCAAGCUUUUCUGUCACUGAAUGUGGGGGGAGGACAAAAACCCCCACACCCUGGCUGAUGACCUAAUCAGAUCACUAGCUUAGUUUUAACAGUCUCUGAGUUAGAGCUGAUCGCUAAAUGGAAUUGUGUUUUCUGGAUAUUGCUAUCUGUGAUGCUGUUCUGACACCCCUGUGAGCAAUGAUGCGUGUCCAUCGAUGGGACAGUCAUAGGGAAAGGGCUCCUGGGGCCCCUCCUGAGAGCCCGUGCAGUGUUAAUGUGCAGUACUGCCUUGCAGCAGCUGCAUAGUAUCAGUCAUUUCAACGGUAACACUUUUUUUUGUUUGCACUGUUUGUUCAUAAAAUAAUGUGAGCUAAUUCCACUGUGUAUAUAAAUAGUAUUUUUUUUAAUUUGUACAAAAGAUAUUUUUAUUUGAAUUUUUAGCAAUUGGAAGUCCUCAUUGUAACCAUAACAUGUCUGAGAAUAAAAUGUCUGUGUCUUUCA